AUGCUGACUCUGUUAUUCCCGCAAUACUUUUUGAUUUUUGGGCGAAAGACUGCUAUCGAUGACAUCGCUGUCAAGCCCAUCACCCAAUUCCCUGUUUCGCUGGCAGAGGAGGCCUCCGAAGAACAAUUUAGUGCAAGCUAUCCGAAUGUGCGCACCAUCGCUAUCAAAAAGCAAGCUAACCAAAGCCUCGGAAUUAUGAUCAUAGAGGGAAAACAUGCAGAAGUUGGCCAGGGCAUUUUCAUCUCAGAUAUCCAGGAAGGCAGUUCGGCGGAAAAAGCUGGACUCGAGAUCGGGGAAAUGAUCUUGGCUGUCAAUAAAGAUUCUCUUGUGGGCUCCAACUAUGAUAUGGCUGCCGGUCUGCUCAAGAGAACCGAAGGCCUAGUAACCUUGGUGGUAGCCAAUCCCGGUAAAAAAGAACUCUCACCUUCCCCCACCACCUCCCCGGCUGCUGACAAUACCAUCGUAGAAAACAACCGGAAUGCUGUAUCUAACACCCUGAAACCCUCAGCACCACCAUCCAGAUCCACUACACCUGUACCUGAACCAGUAGCUGAUCCUGCAAUAUGUCCUGUGAUUCCUGGAAGAGAUGUCACAAUAGAAAUUAUAACAGAAAAUAAGGGAUUAGGAAUAUUUUUCAUUGGCGGCAAAGACACCCAAAUUCCAAAUGGAAUAGUGAUAGUGGAAGUAUAUCCAGGUGGAAUGGUAGACAAGGAUAAGAGGAUACAACCUGGUGAUCAGCUUUUAGAAAUCAACGGAGCAUCAUUGAAAGACGUUUCUUCUACAACUGCUUCACAGGCUAUGAGACAAACACUGCCAAAGAUGAAAAUGGUCGUACAUAGACCUAGCACCAUUGAUUUUUCCACGGUAGAAGUUGAUCUGAUCAAGAAACCAGGAAAGGGUCUCGGUCUAAGCAUUUUAGCUAGAAAAUCGGGAUUAGGGGUGUACGUCGCUGAUAUCAUCAGUGGUGGAACAGCCGAUGUAGAUGGUAGAAUAGUCAAAGGUGAUCUGCUGAUAUCUGUCAAUGGACAGAAUAUUGAAAAUGUUUCUGGUGAAGAAGCGGGGGCCAUAUUAAAGACUGUCAUAGGCAAAGUUUCUCUGAAAUUACACAGAUAUAAACCAGUAGCGAGAUAA